AUAUAAACCUGUGUUUAUAAACACAAAAAUCGAUUCUCUCCCCCCUUAACCAUUACAAUAUUGACCGAUAUAAUCCGAACAAAAACAAGCACACCUUUUCUUGGCAUAUACUUUCAUGUGGUUAUUUUCAUCAACCGUGUAAGAUAUCCAGAGCUUGAAAUUUAGACGGGGUUAAUGUAGCUUUUGCUGAUAAUUUGACUCCCUUAUUUUAAAAUUUAUGAAGAAAUAUGUGAAUAAUAUUUUGGUAUAAACAAGUAAAGUUUGAGGCGUUGUCGACAGCUACAUUUGCUUUAAAAUCCCAGUGCUAUGAAACCUUUAUCACUUACUCUUCUUUCUCCAAGCUUAACUUGCCAGCAGUUGUUGUAGAAGAAAAUACAUAGAAAUGCCUGCAUACGGUGGUGGUAAAAAAUGUGGUCGAUGCAACAAAAGCGUGUAUAGCAACGAAGAGAUUAUUGCUGCUGGCGGUUCGUGGCACAAAAGAGGUUGCUUCACUUGUAAAGAUUGCAAUAAAUCCCUAGACUCCAAUACUGUCGCGGAGAAAAAAGCUGAUAACCCUGAAGAAACCGGCGAAAUCUAUUGCAAAUCCUGCUAUGGACGACUUUAUGGACCAACUGGUUACGGAUAUGGUGGUGGCGCUGGGGCUCUUACCAACACUGGAAAAUCAUUUGUUGUCACGCCUGUUAUACCCAGCCUUCGAGUUAGCUCUUCACCAGAGGGUGCUUUGACUGUGUAUGAUUUGACAAAUGGGUGGUCAAAAUGCAGGAAAAAGAACAAUGAAAAUUUUAGAUUGUAUCUAAUUCUAAAAAAUGCUAAAAUUUUAUAUCUGUACGGUGGUGGAAAAAAAUGUGGUCGAUGCAGUAAAACUGUUUACACUAAUGAAGAGAUCAUUGCUGCUGGUGGUUCAUGGCACAAAAGAGGUUGCUUUACUUGCAAAGAUUGCAACAAGUCGUUAGAUUCCAACACUGUGGCGGAAAGAAAAGCAGAAAAUGAAGGAGAAUGUGGAGAAAUCUACUGCAGAUCUUGUUAUGGUCGAUCCUAUGGUCCUACAGGUUAUGGAUAUGGUGGUGGUGCUGGUGCUUUGACCAAUACUGGAAAGUAACAAGCAGUUUUCAAUGUGGAAUUUUCUUAUUUAUCAGCUUGUGUGUCGUUGUGAAAAGAAAUAUUGUCUAACUUAAAAAAGUUUUUUGAAAAAAAAUAUGAAGUUAUAAUCUACCAAGAUUUAACUUAAAAACUUUUCUUACUUUUUUUUCAUAUGCAGCUUUUUCGAAACGUAUUGUAUAUUUUUUUAUUCUUUCACAUUGAUGUAGACCUGCGAUUAGAGCUAUUCAAAUACAAAUGAAUAUUUUAAA